AUGGACUCGCCCGCCGCGGGCGGCGACCCGCGCCCGUCGCCGUCCGGAGGCGCCUCCCCACCGCCACCGCCGCCCCCUCCUCCCCCUCCGCCGAGCGGGUGGCUCGCGGGCCUCGUCUCCGGCGCGGGCCGCCUCCUCGCCUCCGUGCUCGGCCCCGACUCCUCCCCGACCUGCUCCGGCUCCACCGCCUCGGGCCGGUCCGCCACCUCCUCCCCGACCUCCCUCCGCCACACCCCCGCGCGCGACGGCGGCUCCGGUACGCGAAAUCACUGCCCUAUCCUCAAAUCACGCCUCGGAGUCCGCGCCUUCCGUGCCGCGGAUGCCGUGCGCACUGAUUUCCGUCCAGAUUACCCGCGUACCUCCACGUUCGGGCUAGGUCUUGAUGAUUCCAUGCGCUUUGCAUCGAAAAAUAACCACUUAAACCAGAGUGAAGGCUAUGCCGGGGCAUCCCUCGCACUUAUCUCAGAAAUUGAGCCGAAAGAUGUCAUAAUGCAGCUUCUUAUGCAGGAAACCUUUUCAAGGUCUGAGUGCGCUACGCUAAUCAAGAUAAUUCAGGAGCGGGUUGUGGAUCCAGAUUCAGCUGGAGUUAUUGAUGGUUAUAUUCCUCUUCCGAUUAGCUGGAAGGCUGACAAAGAACCAGCCCUUGGAUAUUCUUCAUUUAGUCCAAAUGUGUCCUCACCUUCAGCGUCACCUUUUCCAAUCCAUCGUCAUGGUUAUGAUAGUAAUGCUGCUGCAGACACAGUUCCGACAAAAACUGCUGCCAGUCGUGGCCUUUUCAACCAUAAUGAUGACAACAUUGAGUCCACUAAAAAACGAAGUUACUCUGUCGUGCGGGAUACUCCCGAGGACCUUCGGAGAGUCAGGACAAAGAUUGAUGGAAAUCCGAUAAACAUCACAAAAUUUAAGCAAGUUGAUGUUGUUAGAAACCGGCCAGCAGGUGGUGACCAUAAAAACAAUGAGCCCACAUUCUUCAAAUCAGGUCCCAUUGAGGAUCUGAAGCAUGGCUUUCCUUUGAAGGUGAAACAUCUGAAUGACCUUAUUCCUUUUGAGAGAAAGAUGAUGGACUUAUCACACGAAAAGCAUAAGGAUGCUGCACGUGAUGAUUCAGGUUCUGUUUCAAAAUUAAUGUUCAAGGAGGAUAUUGAGGCCACGCCUAGCCUGCAAAUGGGCCUGCAGCCACAAAAUGGUUCGAAGAACCGAAGAAGAAAGCAAUCCAACUCCCCAAGGACGAUUCCAAAACUCUCAGAUCCACCUGCCAUGGGCACACGGAAUCAAGCCAACUCCCCAAGGACAGCUCCAAAAAUUUCAGAGCUACCACCUGCCAUGGGCACACGGAAUCAAGCCAACUCCCCAAGGACGAUUCCAAAACUCUCAGAGCCACCUGCCAGGGGCACACGUAGCAAAAUCAGCGACGGCACGGUCAAAGUAGAGAUCGACCUGCUAGAGCAAAUCACUCCGGUAUCGAGUGACAAGCGAGAUCCAGACUAUCUUCCGGAGAAGAAACCUGUUGGGAGGCUGAAGAAGGGGAACUUCCUCCAUGUGGGGGGACAUCGUGUUAUCAGCGGUCUCCUCCUUGUGCAAAAUUCUUGUGACCAUUCAGAUUCUUCAGAGGGUGACGGUGUCAUGGACACGGUCUCAUGUGAUGCUUUGCCACUGAUAGAGUAUGCUGAACAUGCAAAUUGCAUCUUUGACGCGGCAGUGGAUCAGAGAUUCAGGCCGAUGGCGCGCAAGUGGCGACCAGAAUGA